AUGAUGUAACACAGAAAGUUCCGGAAUACCUUAAGGUCGCUUCAUAAAGCGUUAGCUGAAGAAGAGUGGCGCAGUAGCUUCUGAGUUUUUCCAGAUACCAAUUGAUAGAAUAAAAUUAAAAUUAAUAUUGACCAUGCCGAGAGGAAGCAGAAGCCGAACAUCAAGGAUGGCUCCUCCAGCCAGCCGUGCACCACCACCUCCGCCUCCUCCCUCUCAUGCACCUGUACCAGUGCAGGCGCCUCCAUCUGCUUUGGCUGCUCCAGCCGCAGCACCCAAGCAGCCCGGUUUGUUUGCCCAGAUGGCGACUACGGCUGCCGGGGUAGCAGUAGGCUCUGCGGUCGGGCACACCAUUGGCCACGCAAUGACUGGGGCCUUCAGCGGUGGAGGAAAUUCAGAGCCUGCACGGCCUGAUGUCACAUACCAGGAGCCUUACCAGGCACAGCCAUAUCAGCAGCAGCAGCAGCAGCAACAGCAGGCCUGUUCCUAUGAACUCAAACAGUUCAUUGAGUGCGCUCAGUCCCAAAGCGAUCUGAAACUCUGUGAAGGCUUUAGCGAGGUGCUCAAACAGUGCAAGUUUGCUAACGGUCUGUCCUGAAUCGGAUCCUGACACCUUGAAAGGAUUGCAGAACGUCAACAUGGUCUAAUUAACAGCUGAUCAAAAAGUGUAAUUUUAUUUUAGCAGUUGACUUUCAUCGGAUGGAAUCCGUACAUCCAUGCAUUAGGAGAGUGCAGCAGAGCUUGUAAUCAUAAAUGUUUAUAUUAUACAAUAUGUUGCUGUUUUGAAUAGGUUUUGGUUGUAUUUCAUUAGCUCCAGUACUUCAUGUGGAAACAUCUCUGUGGAACAACAGCAUUGUUGGAUCAUAAUUACUUGACAAAGUACUUGUUACUGUUUUGAAAACAUUAAAACUCUUGGAUCAUGA